AUCAUCAUCCGACAUCAUCAUCAUCAUCUACAUUUCACGCUGAUCAUCAUCCACCUUUACGUCGAUCAUCGCCUCGCUCGUUCAUGUGCCAUAUCCACAGCUUCACCCUCGUGUUUUGGUUCUAGCGGCAUUCCUGCAUCCAUUUCACGCACCACUCAUAGCGCCAGAACCAUGGCAUGCCCUCGUUCAUUAUCCUUCCAUUACAUUCCCUUCCACCUCGCUUACCAUGUAAUUUUUUUUCAUUUAUUCCUCCCUUCCCUCGGUCACAACGCCUUCCCACCCAUGGCCGCCCUCCCAAUGUCAUCUUCCCAUCCAUCUCGAUCUAUAUACACCUCAUCUUCCCUCGCAUGUAUAUACAGCACAACACCUAGCACGCACGAUUCGGUACAUACAGCGGACACUAAAAAGGCCAUCCUUUACGUUCAUUCCCAUUCUAUUCCAUUCUCGCCCAAGCCCCCCCUCCCCACGGCGACACGACACGAUCCGACCUACGAUCUGGUAUCUUAUUCUCGUCCAACUAGUCCAUUUACUAUCUCUUUUUUAUAUGGUCGUCGUUCAUUCCUCGCGUUUUGCGUUUUACCAAUGCGUCUCGCCCUCUUGAUUUUGAUUUCAUUUUCUUUGUUCGUUGCUUUACUUUACGCCUACAGAAGCGUGCUGUGCCUUUUUGCUUGAUAGAACGCAAGGUCCAUAAUAUAAUACAUAGCGAUCAUUGAUUUCAUUGUAUGCGUGGGAGAAGUUUGUGACAUGAAUUUCGAAGAAUGUGGGGUGCUACGCGCCCCCAUCUAAUUCUUCCACUUGAACUUGU